GAGGAACGGGGCGGUCUUGUUUUUGUCGGUGCUCGCACGCAGCACUUGUGCUGCGAAAAUGCGUAUCGAAAAAUGCUAUUUCUGCUCGGGACCUGUGUAUCCCGGGCAUGGGGUGAUGUUUGUACGGAACGACUGUAAGACAUUCAGAUUCUGCAGAUCAAAAUGCCACAAGAACUUCAAAAAGAAGCGUAACCCAAGAAAAACAAGAUGGACCAAGGCAUUCAGGAAGGCAUCUGGAAAGGAGUUGACAGUGGAUAACUCUUUGGAGUUCGAGAAACGCAGAAAUAUACCUGUCAAAUAUAACCGGGAGCUGUGGGACAAGACAGUGGAAGCAAUGAAGAGGGUGCAAGAAAUAAAACAGAAACGACAGGCGAGAUUUAUCAUGAACAGAUUAAAGAAGGGCAAACAGUUGGAGAAAGAAGAGGCCAUCAACGAAGUCAAGAAAAAUAUCCACCUCAUCAAAGCACCACAUGCAGGAAAAGCCAAACAAAUGGAAGACAAAAUGGUGCAGAAGUUACAAGAGGACGUGGACAUGGGAGAUGAGGAUAAUUAAUCUUGUGCUCAAGAGGUUUUGUUUGUGCGAUGAAACUCGAGAGCAAUUUGACCUUGUAUUAUAUUGUACUUUUGUUUUGGAAUUAUAAAUUCCCAAAUGGUUGAUGAUGGACACAGAAAUGCAUCCAGUUUUAAUUGCCGUACAAGAGCUGGAAGCAUUGACCUGAUUAAAAUAUGCCUCCAAAGCCGGUUUUUUGUGUGUGUGUGUGUGUGGUAGUUGAGGCUCCUGAUGCAUAACAUAAUGUAUUACAGUCAUGCAGAAAAUGUUCAAUUACCGACAAAAAAUUAAAUAGCAUCUUUUUCGAAA